GCCAUCAGCAUCAGCAAGGCCAUCAACAGCCAGGAGGUCCCGGUGAAGGAGAAGCACGCCCGGCGCAUCAUUCUGGGUACCCACCACGAGAAGGGGGCCUUCACCUUCUGGUCCUACGCCAUCGGCCUGCCCCUGCCCCGCAGCGCCAUGGAUGGCCACCCCAACGUGCUGCAUGACUGCCAGCGGUAUCGGAGCAACAUCAGGGAGGUCGGUGACCUGUGGGGGCAUCUGCAUGACCGAUAUGGACAGCUGGUGAGCGUUUACACCAGGCUGCUGCUGACCAAGAUCUCCUUCCACCUCAAGCACCCCCAGUUCCCUGCAGGCUUGGAGGUGACAGAUGAGGUGCUGGAGAAGGCAGCUGGGGCUGAGGUCAAUAACAUCUUCCAGCUGACCGUGGAGAUGUUCGACUACAUGGACUGUGAGCUGAAGCUGGCCGAGUCAGUUUUCCGGCAGCUGAACACGGCCAUCGCCGUGUCGCAGAUGUCCUCGGGCCAGUGCCGCCUGGCCCCGCUCAUCCAGGCCAUCCAGGACUGCAGCCCGCUGUACCACUACACUGUCACGCUCAUGUUCAAGCUGCACUCCUGUCUCCCGGCGGACACUCUGCAAGGCCACAGGGACCGGUUCCAUGAGCAGUUUCACAGCCUCAGGAACUUCUUCCGCAGAGCCUCGGACAUGCUCUAUUUCAAGCGGCUCAUCCAGGUCCCCCAGCUACCCGAGGGACCCCCCAACUUCCUGCGGGCCUCGGCCCUGGCUGAGCACAUCAAGCCAGUGGUGGUGAUCCCUGAGGACACCCCCGAGGAAGAGGAGCCCGAGAACCUCAUCGAGAUCAGCACCGGGCCCCCAGCCGGGGAGCCAGCGGUGGUGGCUGACCUCUUCGACCAGACGUUUGGACCCCCCAAUGGGUCCGUGAAGGACGACAGAGACCUCCAGAUCGAGAGCUUGAAGAGAGAGGUGGAGACGCUUCGCGCUGAGCUGGAGAAGAUCAAGGUGGAGGCCCAGCGGUACGUGGCGCAGCUGAAGGGCCAGGUGAACGGGCUGGAGGCCGAGCUGGAGCAGCAGCGGAAGCAGAAGCAGAAGGCGCUGGUGGACAACGAGCAGCUGCGCCACGAGCUGGCCCAGCUGCAGGCCGCGCGGCUGGAGGGCGAGCGCCACCAGGGCCUGCGCGAGGAGGCCGAGAGAAGGGCCAGCGCCACCGAGGCGCGCUACAGCAGGCUGAAGGAGAAGCACGCGGAGCUGGUCAGCACGCACGCCGAGCUGCUCCGGAAGAACGCUGACACAGCCAAGCAGCUGACGGUGACGCAGCAGAGCCAGGAGGAGGUGGCGCGGGUGAAGGAGCAGCUGGCCUUCCAGGUGGAGCAGGUGAAGCGGGAGUCGGAGAUGAAGCUGGAGGAGCAGAGUGACCAGCUGGAGAAACUCAGGAGGGAGCUGGAGACCAAGGACGGGGAGCUAGCCCGCGUGCAGGCGACCCUGAGUCACACAGAGCAGAGCGGGUCGGAGCUGAGCUCACGGCUGGACGCACUGAACGCAGAGAAGGAGGCGCUGAGUGGGGCGGUGCGGCAGCGCGAGGCCGACCUGCUGGCGGCCCAGAGCCUGGUGCGCGAGAAGGAGGCGGCGCUGAGCCAGGAGCAGCAGCGUGGCUCCCGGGAGAGGAGCGAGCUGCAGGGGCGGCUGGCCGAGAAGGAGUCUCAGGAGCAGGGGCUGCGGCAGAGGCUGUUGGACGAGCAGUUUGCCGUGCUGCGGGGCGCCGCUGCCGAGGCUGAGGGCAUCCUGCACGACGCCGUGAGCAAGCUGGACGACCCCCUGCACCUGCGCUGCACCAGCUCCCCAGACUACCUGGUGAGCAGGGCCCAGGCGGCCUUGGGUACCGUGAGCACCGUGGAGCAGGGCCACGCCCAGUACCUGGCCUCCCUCACAGACGCCUCUGCCCUGGUGGCAGCCCUGACCCGGUUCUCCCACCUGGCUGCGGACACAAUCAUCAAUGGCGGAGCCACCUCGCACCUGGCGCCGACCGACCCCGCUGACCGCGGGAGCCCCUACAGAGCAUCCUGCAGCUGGGCCAGGAGCUGAAGCCCAAGAGUCUGGACGUGCGGCAGGAGGAACUGGGGGCCAUGGUUGACAAAGAGAUGGCAGCUACGUCCGCAGCCAUCGAGGAUGCUGUGCGGAGGAUCGAGGACAUGAUGAACCAGGCGCGGCACGCGAGCUCGGGGGUGAAGCUGGAGGUGAAUGAGAGGAUCCUCAACUCCUGCACAGACCUAAUGAAGGCCAUCCGCCUCCUGGUGACAACCUCCACCAGCCUGCAGAAGGAGAUCGUGGACAGGAGUCAGCGGACCGGGUGGUGCUGCACACGGGCAAGUAUGAGGAGCUGAUCGUGUGCUCACAUGAGAUCGCAGCCAGCACGGCCCAGCUGGUGGCAGCCUCCAAGGUGAAGGCCGACAAGCACAGCCGUCACCUGAGUCGCCUGCAGGAGUGUUCGCGCACCGUCAACGAGAUGGCCGCCAACGUGGUGGCCUCCACCAAGUCGGGCCAGGAGCAGAUCGAAGACAAGGACACCAUGGACUUCUCCGGCCUGUCCCUCAUCAAGCUGAAGAAGCAGGAGAUGGAGACCCAGGUGCGCGUCCUGGAGCUGGAGAAGACGCUGGAGGCAGAGCGCGUGCGGCUCGGGGGGCUGCGCCGGCAGCACUAUGAGCUAGCAGGGGCCACGUGUGUGCCGGGCGAGGAGGAGGCCAGCCGGCCUGGCGCUGCCCCCCGAGGCGGGACCAAGAAGCCACCCCUGGCCCAGAAGCCCAGCGUGGCACCCAGACCGGACCACCAGCUCGACAAAAAGGAUGGCGUCUAUGCAGCUCAGCUUGUGGACUACUAGAGCCCCGAGGGCCAGCAGCUGGCGGGCAGGCCUGGGCCUCACGUCCAACAGCUAGGGGUCCCCGGGCCCUGCACCUGGUGGCCAGCCCCGGCCCUCCCUGAGCCUGAAGGGCCUGGGCCGCUGGGGACGGCCCUCCCGGUGUAUUUACCUGCGAUGGGAACCUCGAGCAGCUGAGUGCGGCUGAGCUGGGACUUCAGGGACACCGGGACACAGCGUUUGGUUCUCCAUGCUGGCCCAUCCCUCCGGGUGGUGUCACUGAGCUGGGAAGCAGGGCUCCGGGCCUGAGGUCAGAGGUGACUGGAAAGCCGGGUGGCAAGACAUGGGGAGACGGCCUGUCGUGGCCUUUGACAGAUUUCCUGGGUCCCGUGGUCCCAGAAGAGGUGGCUUGGGGCGUCACCCGCCCCCAGGCCUGACUGCUGUCUGGGGCGUGAGGCGCAGGGGUGGGGAGACAGCAGCCCUGGCCCGGGUGCCACCUCCGCUCCUGGGGUGCCCACGCCAGGCAGGCCCCGUGGCCACCCUCCCGUCCCAUUUUCCACCCCCACCCUGCUGCUCCUGGGCCAUGGGGCAGUGUCCAGCCCCCUAGCUCAGCCAGGAAGAACCAGGGACCAGGAGCUCCAGCCUGCCCGGGGAGCGGGACACGGCCCACAGGGCAGCUGGCCCAGGGCAGCCGGGUCUGCACGAGUCUGCCCCUAGAGCCUGAGGGGCGUCGUGGGGUUAGGGCCCCUGGUGGCCCCUUAGCCUCAGCCUGUGCCCUGGGAAGGCCCGCAGUCUGUCUGGGGCUGGCGCUGGGGAGGAGGCGCCCAUUCCUGUCUGUCGGUCUGCUGACGUGUCCCACUGGCAAUAAAACACACUUGGACUGUU